AUGCUUAAAAAGUUCUAUAUAUAUGUGAUAUUUGUCAUGCAAAUAAUCAUGGCUGAAUGUCAACAAUUAUACGGUUAUAGAACUCCAAACUGUACAGGGCCACCGUCAUUCGAUAUGUAUAUUGAUUCUGACACCUGUUACACAAUUGAUACAUUUAAUCUAGGCUCGUUUAGUUAUGUCAAUGGAGUCAACGAUGACAUUGUCAUGGUUGUAUUUUUCGGCAUUGGUUGUAACAACACUACUACUCCUUAUAUGAUUCUUACGCAACCAGAAUGUAUACCGGUGGAUUUCUAUCUGGUUAGAUACCUGGAUAUGUCGUUUGCGCUAAUAAAAGCAACAGCUAUAUUAGAAAUGAUUGACUUAAGAGUUGCAGCAAUGGGUAACACAGAAAUAAUCGCUAGCAACUGUCUGUGCAACAAAUUCUAA